GCUACCUCCGAAUAGAGAGGCAACCCAACGAAGCAAACCGCGACAGAAACUGGUGGCUGGGCCACUGGUUUCAUUUAUCUUUUUCCUUCUAGCUGACGAUCGAUAGAAGCCAGUGGGCGCGCUGCGCAGCUACAAAUACGCCACCAACCUGACGCGCUGAUCCCAUCCAAUUCCCCAUUCCCAAAGAAAGUCAUCCAACAAUCACUGCAAGAGAUUAGGAACCUCGUCGACCGGAGAUGGAGAAGAUGAGCUCGUCGGUGCAGUCCUGGGUGGACCAGCACAAGCUCGCCACCGUCGGGGCGAUGUGGACGACGGCGGUUGGCGCCUCGGUGGCGUGCGGCCGGCGGCGGGGCAAGGCGGCGGGGUUCACGGUCGCUGCCGCGCUCGGCGGAGCGGCGCUGGCGCACCACUACUACGCCGCGAAACGGAGGGAGGAGGAGGCGAGGUGCUUCGAGCUGGACUUCUACUCGCAGCUGCCGGCGGCCACCGGCGAAGACGGCCAGGAGAACGAGCGGUGGACCUACUAGCAGAUCAGACGUUCAGAUCACGGCCGGCCGGCCGGCCGUGGAUCGAAACGAGACGAUGAUGAUGACGACCAAUUAGGAGUACCAGUUAAUUAAUAGCCCAUGACGUGGCGCGGCUCAUUUGCCUAAUCCAUCCAGCGGGGAAGACGGGAUUAUCUUAUCUGCUUUGUACUAUCCAUCCAGCAAGUGGCGUUGUUGUCUCCAUCAUCUAGUAGGUGUGAUGGGGGUGGGGGUAGUAUUAGUUCCCUCUUCUCUAUGUCUAUGAUUGAAGGAACCAAGAAACCCAGCGAUGCAUUGCAGAUUAUAGUAGAUAGAAUUCUGUCUGUUUGGAUGAAGUUGAUCGAAUAAACAACAGCAAGUCGCCUGAGUUAUCCAAGUUUUAAACUUUUAA